AUGGAAGUCGCUACGGAAUUAUCACCCUUGUCAGGGUCCGACACGCAAUGCAAAAUCGCGGAACGAACAUCGUACUAUCCUCAGGAUCCAAACAAGAGGCCGAAGACCAGGCAGGAGAAAAUUCGAGCUUGCCUGAGGCACAAUUCGUUGACUAUCCUGACCGUUGCCGGUGUGGCCGGCGGUGUUAUCCUUGGUAUCAUUCUGAGAAGCUCGAGGACGCAAGGAUGGACACCCAGGGAGAUCAUGUACAUCAAUUACAUCGGGGACCUGUUCCUGAGGAUGCUGAAGAGCUUGAUCCUACCGUUGAUCAUAUCGAGCCUGGUCUCCGCUAUCGGAUCCCUUGACCUGUCCCUCAGCGGCAGGAUUGGUGCUCGAGCUAUUGUGUAUUACAUGACCACCACCAUCAGUGCCGUUAUAUUAGGUAUUAUUUUGGUGAUCACCAUUCAACCAGGCGUUGGUAAUAAUCCAGACGUUAAGACGAAAUCACCACCGCAGAAUGUUUCCACUGUCGACACGCUGAUGGAUCUGAUUAGAAACAUGUUCCCUCCGAAUCUGGUGGAGGCCUGUAUAUCCCAACACAGAACUGAAAUGCAGAAACCGGAGAACAGUAGCAACAUAGACAACUGGGAGCCGGUGCAGAAGAACGUUUCUGGGACAAACAUCAUGGGUUUGGUUGUCUUCGCCACCGCUCUGGGCAUCACACUGGGGAAAAUGAAAGAACAAGGAAAACCUCUGCUGUACUUUUUCGAGUCUCUGUCGGGCGCGAUGAUGCUGAUCACGCAAUGGGUUAUUUGGCUGUCACCGGCGGGUGUAUUGUUCCUGGUGGCCGCGAAAAUCACCGAGAUGCAGUCGCUGGACGAAGUCGUCGCUCAGCUUGGAAUGUAUUUUUUGACCGUCCUGUUCGGUCUUUGUGUACACGGUUUCAUUAUUCUACCUCUGCUGUACUUUGUGAUAACAAAGAAAAAUCCGUACGUGUACAUAUCGAAUAUGGCGCAAGCUUUGGUCACCGCUUUCGGUACAUCAUCGAGCUCCGCUACACUUCCGAUCGCUAUAAAUUGUCUGGAGGAGCGAAACAACGUUGACCCGCGUAUCACCAGAUUCGUAUUACCGAUUGGCGCCACCAUCAACAUGGAUGGGACAGCGUUGUACGAAGCUGUGGCCGCGAUUUUCAUUGCCCAAGUGCGCCAAGUUAGCCUCAGUUUCGGGCAAUUGGUUGCUGUUAGUAUCACAGCAACGGCUGCUAGUAUCGGGGCGGCUGGAAUUCCACAGGCAGGUCUGGUGACAAUGGUGAUGGUCUUGGAUACAGUUCGUCUUCCAGCGGACGAUGUCUUCCUGGUCAUCGCGGUUGACUGGUUGUUGGAUCGCUGUAGGACAACGGUGAACGUGGUGGGCGAUUCUCUUGGCGCGGGAAUUGUGAAUUAUUUGAGCAGAAACGAAUUGGCCUCUUUACCCCACAAUGGACAGUCUCAGAACGGUGGCGACCAUCACACCUCGACGUCUAUAUGAAAUUAACGCCGGUAACGAUCACCAGUGUAUUCCUUU